GGAGUGACUUUAAACUUGAAAGGAAAAAAAGAUUGAAUUUUUUGUUUUUCUGCGGUCCCGAUUCCAAACAGUAGCUCUCUCAGUUCACAAAUUGCACUGAAAAGUCAUAGGAAAUAUCUAGGGUUUUCUAUUUGGAAGAAGAUCGUCUUUGUUUGGCCCCAUUCGCUCACCCUCUCUCUUUCUCUCUCUCUGCUUCAUCACUCUCAUGGAGUCCAAUGGCUCAAAUCAGCAGCAACACCCGAAAGAAAAGAACCCUUCUGAGAUCAAAGACUUCCAGAUUGUGAUUGCGAGCAAGGACGACUCGAAGAAGCAAUUGGCGCCCAAGCGAAGCUCCAACAAGGACAGGCACAAGAAGGUCGAUGGCAGAGGAAGGAGAAUCAGGAUGCCUGCUCUGUGUGCGGCUAGGAUUUUCCAAUUGACCAGAGAAUUGGGUCACAAGACCGAUGGAGAGACGAUCCAGUGGCUGUUGCAGCAAGCCGAGCCGUCGAUCGUUGCAGCCACUGGGACCGGGACGGUCCCCGCCUCGGUCCUUACCGCAGCAGGCUCCUCUGUUUCGGAACAGGGCAGCUCUGUUUCGGCCAAGAUGGAAGGGUUGGGGGGUGUAGGGCCGCUUAUUGGGUUUGGAGGCAGGGCCAAUUUGGCAAUUUCGAAUGGGAACUUCAGUAGAUCGCAGGUUGUCGCCAGCGGGGUCUGGCCCUCAGUGAGCGGUAUCAGGCCAGGGUUCGUUCAUUACCCGGAUCAGUCUGCGGCUGUGGCGGCGAGCAUGGGGGCCGAGAGCUCGAAUUACGUGUCGAAGUUUGGGUUUCAAGGGGUGGAGUUCCCGAACAUGAACGUGGGGCUGAUCAGCUUCCCCACUUUCUUGAGUGGGUCCAACCAGAGGAUUCCGGGUUUGGAGCUGGGGUUGUCCCAGGAUGGCCAUGGUGGGGUCUUGAAUUCUCAGUCAUCACUGAGCCAGAUUUUCCAGCAGAUGGGGCAGAGCGGAGGGGGCGAGACGGUCUCGGUGGGUCAUCACCCCCAGCAACAAACCCCAGAUGACGAAGGGGACGGUUCCCAAGAAUCUGGGGAAUAGAAGGAAUUGCCAUGUUCUUCUGGGUCAUAGUAACUCCGGUCAAGAGAUCUUGAGGGCACAACUUGCAAUUUCAUGAGGACUAUCAGUAGACAAAUCGGACGGUUUCCCAAGGUUGAAAAAGAAUUUUGGCGUAAGAAUGAAAAUAUUGUUUGCUGGAAAGUUCCUACUUUUCAUCCGAUUUGAGGUUGAACUGGGAACGAUGUACUGGCUAACUGUGCUUUCUGGUAGAUUAUCUUAGGUCAUCGAGGUGAGUAUGAUCAGGUUCU